AUGCCGAAGGAGUGCUCCUGCCGCUUCCACAUCACGCUCGUGGAUGAUGAGCACCGGCUGGAGAUGAUGCAGAUGUUUCUGCUGCUCACGAAGGUCGUGGAAGCGAUUCCAGGCUACGACUCCGUCGUCCUGAAUGAGAACGUGCGAGAGUUCUUCCUCGUCUGGGUAGAGAGCACGAAGAAGGUUGACAUCACCCAGCUGCGGGAGAACGCCCUGACGGGGCUGGAGAAGGAGACCGCUGAGUGGCUGAGUGGGCUCAGUACCUACCAGACCCUGCGGGAAAACAGCUGGACCACGCUG